GACUCUUGUCUAUCAUUCGCCAUGCAGAAGGCAUUCAUCUUUGUCGUCGUGGUCGUCGCCUGUGUCGGAGCCAGCUUCGCACAGGUGACGUGUUCUGAUCAUUGCCUAGACCUGGCAGAAAAGGCUAACUAUGCGCGAGACCCCUAUUCGUACCAAGACCUAAUUGACGAAUUUCACGGAGAUGGCUGCGACGACAGUUGCCUACUGUAUCAGGCGGCAGCGAACACCGAGAGAUGGCGGCAGCGGCGAGCACCGAGAGACGGCGGCAGAAGAAGCGGCGAGCACCAAGAGACGGCGACAGCGGCGGCGGCGGCGGCGGCUGAAGAAGCGGCGACCAGGUGGCGGCAGCAGAAGAGGAAGCGGCGAGCACCGACAGACGGCGACCAAGCGGCGGCGGCGGCGGCGGCGGCGGCGGCAAGCACCGGGCGGUGGCGAACAGACGGCAGCGGCGCGGCGGCGGCGUCGGCGGGGGCGGCGGCGGCGGCCAGCAGUGACGGCGUGCAGACGGCAACAACGCGGCAGACACGGUUGGGGCUCUUCCACGUCGAAGAUACACCCUGAGAGUAGCCCAGGCAGUGCGAGUCCUCGAUGAGGAAGGAGGGAAUCCAACCCUCGAAUGUCACAGGCAUACCUCUCGAAGAGCAUUAUAUAAUAAUUAUUACCCAAAUUUCAUGUAAAUCUCUCAUGUUGAAUCAAAUCAAUAUAUUCAAAUUCUAUUCGUCAAGAAAUAGUCGGUCAAAAUAAAUGUUGUCUUCGCAGUGUUA